UACUGUUUGUCAUAGUGAGCAGACUCUCCUCUUCCCUUUCUUCCAGAGGAGCAUGUUAACUAUAAUGCAGAAUUAUUAAAUCCCUUCAUUCCGUGGGCUGUGAUUUCCAGAUGGGAAUGCCAUAGGCACAGAGAACAGUUUGAAGAGGACAGGAUGUGCUGAACGGCAAUGUUUUGUCUGAGCGUGUCUCCAGAUUUCAGACGAGGGUCUGAAGCACUGCCAGCUGCACAGACUUCUGCUCCCUUGUUCCCCGGCUAUUCCCAGACUUGCAGCACAGAUGAAAACGGCAAGUUCCCUAGACUUCCCUCUGCUUGACCUCCUUGUCUGCCUCAUCUUGGUCCAGCUGCUUACCCCUUGCUCAGGUCAGUUUUCUGUGAUUGGACCCCAUGGGCCCAUCCUGGCCAUGGUGGGUGAAGACGCUGAUCUGCCUUGUCAUCUCUCCCCGAGAAUGAGUGCAGAGACCAUGGAGCUGAUGUGGGUGAGAUCCAGCCUUAGGGAGGUGGUAUAUGAGUAUGUAAAUGGGAAGGAAAUAAAAGAAAAACAGAUGGCAGAGUAUCGAGGGAGAACUUCAAUUUUAAGAGAUGGCAUCACUGAAGGGAAGGCUACUCUCCGAAUUUACAACAUCAGACCCUCUGACACUGGAAACUACCUGUGUUAUUUCCAAGAUGACGACUUCUAUGAAAAAGCCAUGGUGGAGCUGGAGGUUGCAGCACUGGGUUCUGAUCUUGAUAUUGAGAUGAAGGGUUAUGAGGAUGGAGGGAUCCAUCUGGAGUGCAUGUCCACCGACUGGUAUCCCCAACCGGAAAUACAGUGGAGAGAUGCCAAUGGAGAGGACAUGCCAGCUCGGGCAGCAUCUUUGCAUGAAAAUAGAGCAGGUCUAUAUGCAGUCACAGCAUCUGUGAUCCUGAAUGGCAGCUCUAGGGAAGGGGUGACCUGUAUCAUCAGAAAUCCCCUCCUCAACCAGGAAAAGACCACCAGGAUUUCCAUCGCAGACCCCUUCUUCUGGAGAGCCUGGCCCUGGAUCUCCACACUGGCGGGGACCCUCCCAGUCUUGCUGUUGCUUCUCACAGUGGCCUGUUACUUCGUCUGGCAACAGCAUAAGGAGAAAGAGAAAGAGCAAGCAGAAAAGGAGCAGGAACGAAGGGAAAGAGAGUACCUCCAGCUUGUACUGCGUGGAGAGAAGUCUCAGGACUAUGCUGAAUGGAAGAUGGCCUUCUUCCAAGCUGAGAAACUCCAAAGAGAACUCAGCUGGAGAAAAGGCAAGAAAGUGGAUGAGCGGACUGUUAACAUUAACGGAGAGCUAUUGAUUCCCUUCAUUCUGUGGGCUGUGAUCUUCAGAUGGGACUGUCAAGGGAUGAAAAUGGCAAGUUCCCUACACAUCCCUCUGCUCAACCUCCUUGUCUGUGUCAUCUUGGUCCGGCUGCUUACCCCUUGCUCAGGUAGGGAACAUUCUGCAUUUAUGUUACUGAAUCAUACAGUUAUCUGUUAUCGUCCAGUUAGAACCUGUGAUAACUUCUUAUACCUGGAAGUCCUGGAAGUCCCAUCCCAAACUGAAGCUCAGUUUGCUGUGGUUGGACCCUCUGGGCCCAUCCUGGCCCUCAUGGGUGAAUAUGCUGAUCUGCCCUGUCAUCUUUCCCCGAAGAUGAACGCGGAGAUCAUGGAUCUGAUGUGGGUGAGAUCCAGCCUUAGGGAGGUAGUAUACAUGUAUGCAAAUGGGGAGGAAAGAGAUGACGAACAGAUGGCAGAGUAUCGAGCGAGAACUUUGAUUUUAAGAGAUGACGUCACUGAAGGAAAGGCUACUCUCCGAAUUUACGACGUCAGAGCCUCUGACAGAGGGAGCUACCGGUGUUAUUUCCAAGGUGAAAACUUCUCUGAAAAUGCCGUAAUGGAGCUGAAGGUUGCAGGAGAAGGUGAGACCAGGUUGAUGUCCAGAAGUCAAGACCCCUUCUGGAGGACCUGGCCCUGGAUCACAGCCUUGGUGGGGACACUGUCCAUCUUGCUGCUGAUUCUUACGGGGAUGGGUUACUUCCUGUGCCGACAGCAGAAGGAGAAAGAGAAAGAGCAAAUGGAAGAAAAGGCAAGAGAGGACCUCCAGCAUGAACUCAAGUGGAGAAAGAUCCAGUACAUGGCUCGUGGAGGGAUGUCUCAGGUCUAUGCUGAAUGGAAGAUGGCCCUCUACCAACCUGCGGAUGUGAUUCUGGAUCGGGGCACAGCACACCCCAACCUCGGUGUUUCUGGGGACAAGAAGAGCCUGUGGUGGACAGAUAGAAAACUGCUUCGGCCAAACAAUCUUAGGAGAUUUUUGGGGCAUCACUGUGUGCUUGGCUUCAACAGCUUCAGGUCAGGGAGACAUUUCUGGGAGGUUGAGUUUGGGUACAGGGGAGAGUGGUGUGUCGGGAUAUGUACGAAGAACGUGGAGAGAGUAUUUAGGGUUAAUAUGUCACCAAAGAAUGGAUUCUGGACUAUUAGCCUGUCUAAUGGGGAAGACUAUCAGGCUCUCACUGACCCCAGGACAGACUUGACAAUUUCCAACCCUCCUCAAAGAGUGGGGGUUUUCCUAGACUAUGAGACUGGUGAGGUCUCAUUCUACAAUGCCAUGGAUGGAUCUCACAUCUACACAUUCCCGCACACCUCCUUCUCUAAGCCUGUGUACCCAGUUUUCAGACUGAUGUCAUGGCAUCCCACUGCCUUGACCAUAUGCCCAGUGCUGACGUGAGUGCACAGUUCCCUUGUUACUGCCCUAGUGUCUGACUAUUCCCUGGAGACCCCACUGACCCCAGGCUCAGCUGACGGGAAUAGGGACCCUGAGGCUGAGGUAACAUCCCUGCUGCCCCCUGCCCAUCCUGGAGCCGAGGGCCCUCUCCUUAACAGCAACACAUCACAACAAUAAAAUACUGACUAAAUGCAAACACUGUGUGGAGCACUUCACUAAUAUUAAUUCCAUUAUUUCACAUGACAGUUGCGUGUGGUACAACAUUAUUGUCUCCUUUCUAUAGAUAAAGAAACAGGGGAUGUGUAAAAAAGUGAACUAACUUUCCAAAGGUGACUCAGCAAGUGAGCAACAGUUGGGAUUUAAAUAAUAAUGACUGACACUUACAGAUAAAUUAAAAUGUACUGAGUGCUGUGCUAAAUGCUUUAAGUGAGUUUCACUCAUUUACUCCUCACAACUACCCCAUGAGGUAGUCUCCUUUCGAGAAUGUGGCAACUGAAGAAGGGGGCCAAGUUAAGCACUUACUUAAUUCACACAGAAACUUGUGCUGCUGGGAGAGGUUGGGCCCCUGUCCCAUCCAUUCCAGCUACCCUGUUCUUCUUUUCUAGCCCCACUGCCCUAUAUGCAGCCUUGAGGCACCUUUUCCAGGACCCCCUCCAUAAGGAUCCCUAUAGGUGACUAUGGAGGUCACACCCCUCUUGUUUCCCUCAAGGUCGGUUGUCAGAGCCAUGUGUCUAGCACUUCAUUGGAUUGAGUCUGCAGGAUGACUUGGUCCAGAGAAUGAAUUCACAGGGACUGCAUCAUACAGGAUGUGAAGGGACUAGAGGCCAAACUCUUACCUAAUAAUGGGCACAUGUGUACCCGCUCCGCCAAAGUGAUGUGUGAUCAUGGAGCCACAACAAAUGCUCCUACUUUGAAGGUCUCUAGGCAGCCUAACUUAACACCUAAAGAUUGUCUGUGGAUUAAGAAUUUGGGAAGAAGGAAGCUAGAUGAACUUUAGUGGUAUUUUUAUCUCACUGUAGAAUCCAUCUCCAGGAAAGGCAUAUUUCCACCCCUGAUCACUCAUUGAUGUUGAGGGAUGUUCCUUUCAACUGAUGGAUACUGGGGAAAGGCUACUCUACAUUAUCAUCAUUAUUAUUGUUCACUUCUGUAUCCCCUCUACCCAGGAUGUGGUAGUCAAUUUACAUUUCUUAAGUAAAUUUGUGAAUUAUCUUCACUCUUCAACUGAGUGUUUUCUGGAUUUUAAGUGACCACAGUUUCACAGUGUAGUCCAUGGCAACAUUUUCACAAAAUCCUUAAAUUACCAUAAAUUUUAGGACAUAAAACAACAUAAAUUAAUUAUCUCACAUUUUUGUAGGUCAGAAGUCCAACAUGGGUCUCACUGGGCUAAAUCAAGGUUCCUGCAGGCUGUGUUCCUUUCUGGUGUCCCUGAGAUUCUUGGAAGAAUCUGUGUACUUGCUCCUUCAGAUUGUUGGCAGAAGUGGGUUUCUUGUAGCUGUAAGACUGAGGUUGCCAUUCCUUGCUGCCUGUCAGCUCAGAGCUAUUUUCAGCUUCUAGAGACUGCCACCUUCCUUGGCUUGUGACCCUCUUCCUACAUCUUCAAAGCAGCAAUAGCAGCUUGAGUCCUUCUCAGUCUUUGACUCUAUCUUGUUCUUCCACUGAAUCUCUUGACACUUUUGCCUGCUUCCACUCCUAAGACCUCAUGUGAUUAGGCACCAGCCUGGUUGCAUAGUGGUUAAGUUUCUGCGCUCCUCUUCAGCAGCCUGGGGUUCGCAGGUUCAG